GGGUUAACAGUGAAUAGAUUAGCUAACAGUGGGUUAGUGGCUCAAAGACGCAAGUCUGUUAGAUUUAGUCUGUUUGAAAAGGGUUAUUAUACUCAUUCGCCAAUCGAUUACGAUCAUACUUUUAUCCUUGCUGAAUUGGCUCAACAAAAAAAAUAA